CAGGAGCAUGAAGAUGUAGCUGAUGUGGUUCAGUGUGAACAGGAGCAUGAAGAAGCAGCUGAUGUGGUUCAGGUCUUUCCAGCCACAAGUGAUACAGGAAAAAGAAAAUCAGACCUUGAAAGUGAUGCCAGCAGGUUGCAGUCACCAGCUAAGCGACAGCGUCAGUCAAUGCCAGGAUUUGAAGAACCAACCAUACUAUCUAAUGUGAAAAACAUCAUGGCAUUUGUACAUUCCAGACUAAAUGAGCAAGACAAACUCAGUGCUUUCUUAAAGAAAAAGAUCAGUGAUUUGGAGACAGACAAGAGGGAGCUGGUUGGUGUCUUUGGUAAAACUGGGGCUGGAAAGAGCUCUUUGAUAAAUGCCAUCAUCAAAGAGAAGAAUCUUUUACCCUCAGGAAGCAUCAAUGCCUGCACCUCAGUCAUGAUCAAAGUGGAAGCUAACAAACACAGCUCAAACUAUGAGGCAGAAAUUGAGUUCAUCACAAAGGAGGAGUGGAAAGAUGAGUUGUGGUCAUUUCGUCAGCUUCUUGACAAUAAUAAAAAUCAGGAAAAGGAAGACGAUGAUUAUCAUGAUGCUGUUGAAAAGCUGUCAGCACUGUAUGGACAAGAAUGGAAAAAGUCCUUUGAAAACCUCAUGGAGAGCAAAUAUUUCAAAGAAAUUCCAGAAUUUCUCCAAUCCAAGCGGAAGAUUUUGACAUGUGAAUCAGUUAAUGAACUCUCUGCACAAUUUGUCAAGUACACAAGAAGUGAUUCAAAACAAGGAGAAGGUAAUGAAGGAAAAAAGUGGUUUUGGCCACUGGUGAAGUGUGUGACUGUCAGGGUGCCAAACAAUCUGUUUCUCCAGCAUGUCACACUUGUGGACCUUCCUGGAAAUGGUGACUGUAACAAGAGCAGAGAUCAGAUGUGGAAAGGGAUAGUUGGAGAUUGUUCUACUGUGUGGAUUGUGACUGAAAUUAAUCGAGCAGCAUCAGAGAAAGAGGCCUGGGAGAUCCUGGAAAGUGUCAGUAGUCUGAUUGGAAAUGGUGGCGAAUGUCAGCAAAUUCAUUUUAUCUGCACCAAGUCUGAUCUUGUUGAUGAUUCAGAUGAUCUUUCAUCAGCUGAUAUCCAUGAUCGAAUAGUUAAAAGAAACAUGCAAGCCAAGGGCGAAGUAAAGAAGGCAUUCAACAAGCGAACCAAGAUUAAUAAACACUUCACUGAUGACAGUUUCAAAGUGUUCACAGUGAGCUCCAGAGAGUUCUUAAAAGGGAAACAUCUAAGUCCAGAAGAGACUGAAAUAACCAAACUUCAGGGAUUUUUGCAAGUUCUCAAUGACUGUCACUCAGAGACAGUAAACUAUGUGAAUGGAGCUUAUGGGAUUCUGUCUUUGAUUCAAGGAGCCAACUCCAGAGGAGUGGAUAGUAAAAAAGGCAAGGUGUUUGCAGAACUUGAGAGAAUCAUGAACCUCCAGCUUGAAAAUGUCCGAAAAGAAAUGGAAGAGACCUUUACGGCUUUUGAAAAAUGUCUUAAUGAUGGCGUUGAAAAAUCCAAAGGUUCAUAUGGAGAAAAACUCAAGAACUUCUUGUAUCGUGGAAAGAACAGUGGUUUUUGCAGGGUACUGAAGUGUGUCGUUGAGAAUGGUGGUGUGCACAAACCAAAAAAAGGGACCCUAAUAAACCUUAACAUGAAGCUGGCUUCAUGUCUGACUGACAGCAUUGAUGAAAAAUUCAGAGAGACCUUCCCAAAUGACUCAGAACGUGGAGCAUUCAAUGGAGUCAUCAAUGAAUUUUCUCUUAACACUGAUUCUCUGAUUGAAAAGUACAAAAAUGCUGAACUGCAGUUCAGGUUUCUCAGGACAGAGGAAGAAAAAAUUAAGGCAAAACUGAACAGAAUGAUGCGGAAACAGAAGAAAAGAGUCUACAGCAGUCUGACAGAGACAAUUGAAGACAUUAUGGAAGAAGGCUAUAAGA